AGUAAUUUAUUGAGAAGACAUAUGUUCCUCGCUGGACUGCCAACAGACCACGCACUGCUGCUUUUCUGUAAGGUAUUUCGAAUAGCUGAGGCACUUGUUACGUAGAGGGGCAGGCAGAAGUACAAUUAGGUCUGUCCUUUAGUCAGCAACGACUAUUUUAAUAAGAUGACCUUUGAGAAGGCACGUGACUCUAAACAUUUGUCAAAGUUUCGGGAAGAUGGCUGCUCAGAGAAGUGACAUUGACAACAACUUUGACGCGAUAGUGAUCGGAGCAGGAAUCCAGGGAUCUUAUACUGCCUAUCAUCUCUCUCGAAAUAACAAGACGCUGUUAAUAGAUCAGUUUACUUUGCCACAUACCCGUGGAAGCUCUCAUGGGCAAACUCGAAUUAUUCGGAAAAGCUACUCCAAACCUUACUACACAGAGAUGAUGACUGAAUGCUUCCAACUCUGGAAGCAACUGGAAGCUGAGGCUAAUGUUAAACUAUUCAGACAAACGGGUUUGUUGGUUCUAGGCAAAGAAGGAAACCCAGAAUUUCAAGCCAUGAAGUCAACAUUGGUCAAGAACCAGAUUCCUAUGGAGAGUUUCACACGUGAACAGUUUUCACAGAGAUUCCCAGCAGUAGAUCUUCCAGAAGAAGAAUCUGCGGUUCUUGAUAAAUCAGCUGGAAUCUUGUACGCAGAUCGAGCAUUAAAAUCUCUCCAGGUUUUGUUCCAGAGGUUUGGAGGUACCAUUUGUGAUGGUGAAAAAGUUGUUGAUAUACAACCUGGAUCACUGGUUACCGUGACCACCACCGCAGGAAUUUAUAGAGCGAAGAGUCUGGUGAUUACAGCUGGGCCUUGGUCGAAUAAACUAUUGAACCUUGUGGGACUACAGCUUCCACUGAAGACACUGAGGAUCAUGGUUUGUUACUGGAAAGAGAAAGUCCCUGGAAUAUACGGAAUUCAGAAGGGAUAUCCCUGCUUUAUAAGAAUUUCUGACUCCGUUGAACAUCAUAUCUAUGGUCUUCCUUCCAAUGAAUAUCCGGGACUAAUGAAGGUCUGCUACCACAGUGGCAGUGAUGUUGACCCAGAUGAACGUGAUAUCGUAUUUCAACAGCCUUCCCAGGAUGUGAACAUUCUGAGCACCUUUUUGUUUAAGGAAUUUCCUGGUGUGGAUCCAAAGCCUGUGAUUGUUGAACACUGCAUGUAUACAGUUACCCCAGAUUCAGAUUUCAUUCUGGAUUAUCACCCAGAGCAUAACAACAUCAUCAUUGGAGCUGGGUUCUCAGGUCAUGGUUUCAAGCUUGCCCCAGUUGUUGGAAAAAUCCUCUGUGAACUUAGCCUUGGAAAAAGGCCAUCCUACAACCUCUCUCCUUUCAAAAUGCAUCGUUUCCAAUUAAAUCUGAAGUCCUUGUUGUAAGGACAGCAGAGUCAAAAAUGAAGAUUUGACUAAUACUUUAUGUUAAAAGAAUGUGACAUCUAAGCUAUUCGAUCAAUGAAAAUACUAAGACAACAGACUGUGCUCCUCUGGUCAGUAGUCUGCUGGGUAACUGUUCAUCUAAAAUUGGUUAUAAACCUUUCUGUCUGUGAAGAAAGAUCUGGCCUGUGCAAGGAGCCUAGUUACAGAAUAAAGGAACAUCUAUUUAAAACUGAGAUGCAAAGGUAUUUCUUUCAGAGGGUAGUGAAUGUCUGGAUUUCUUUAUAUCUGAGAGUUGUGGAAGAUCAAUCACUGAAAACAUUUGAAGGAGUUGGCACAAAAGAACAAGUCAAUCUUGGGACAGUACAGCCACAAUCUUAUAGAAUGGCAGGUUAGGCUCAAAAGGCUGAAUACCCUAUUGUUGCUCCAUUUCUUGUUCUGAUGUUCUCUUCUGCCACUGUGUACGAUAGCAUGUUAACACCACGCAACAUCAGGAUUCUCUUCUCCUUGCUAGAAAAGUGAGGGUUCAAAUAAUGAGAAUUUUGCUGAAAUAAAGAGCGGGCACAUGGCAAGAUUGAAUUGACUGGACUUCUGUUUGUGUGCUCACUUUAUCCUUAGCGUGGUUAUGAAAGAAAUGUCAGAUUUUUGGUUCUGAUUCCCAAAUCAGGAAGCAACACAGAGGCAAUAUCCUGCUCUUAGCUUUGGAGGAAAGUUUGGGAGGAAAUUUUCCACUUUUUAGAAAAGAUAAUGUUGGGGUGAGUGUGUUGACCAUUAAUCAAGCUCAUUAAGAGCUGACAGGAACCCUGGGCAAGUUUCUCAGAAAUCACAGUCCUCAACGUUAGCAUUCUAGUCCAGCAGAAACUGCUGGCAUCAAGGAAACUUGUAGCUUGUUCAAAAUGCUGAUUCUGAUGAAUAUGCUCCUUCACCAAAAGAAGAAAAACUCUAAACUGUCUGAUUUAUAGAAACUUGUAAAUAAAAUAAAAUGCUACAGAUUUUCUCACUCCAGAGAAAUUGAUUCUUUUGAGACAAGCAGAGGCUGAGGUGGUCAGUUUCAAUGGCGUCAAUGUAACUGACGAUGAAAACAAAGAGGACCAUGAAAAUCAUGUGAUCACAAACAAUUUAAUCCAUAAUGACGUUUCCAUUCAGAAAGGUUUGGUAUGACUGAUUAAAAAUACCAAUGGACAAUGGUCUAGUGGUAUUAUCGCUGGACUGUUAAUCCAGAGAACAAGACAAUGUUCUGGGCACUCUGGUUCAAAUACCGCCAUGGCAGAUGGUGGAAUUGAAUUCAAUAAAUAUCUGGAAAAUCUGGAAUUAAGAGUCCAAAGAUGACCACGGUCAAUUGUCAGAAAAAAACCCUCCAGGUUCACUAACAUCCUUUAAGGAAGGAAACUGCCAUCCUUACCUGUACAUGUGACUCCAGACUCCUGGACAUCAUACAUGUGACUCCAGACUCACAGCAAUGUGGUUGAUUCUUAACUGCCCUCUGGGCAAUUAGGGAUGGGCAAUAAAUGCUGCCUGGCCAGUGACAUCCUCAUCUGAAUAAAGAAAUUAAAAA